GCUGGUGGAGUUCAGUGUAGUUAGCUAGCUGCCGGUGGCAUUAAGCGACAUGCGCCUCGUAGUUUUUGUGGUCUGCCACGUGGCUCUUGCCCGUGGAAUACUUGCGGCAGUGCUCACAGAACCCACAAGCACUCAAGAUGGAUUUUCUGACGACCUGUACAAACUGCCUCCGGGAAUGCUUAUUGGAGCUGGAGUGUCGGCGACUCAAGCUGAAGGGGCCUCGUAUGAUGAUGGCAAAGCCGAGAGUGUGAUGGAUCAUCUGGUGCGAAACUCCCCUUCAGUGUACAAAGAGACAAAUGAAGUUUCAGCAGAACAUUAUAAACGCUAUAAGGAAGACCUCGCUCUUGCGAAGGAGUUAAAGUUUACGACACACCGAUUUUCCAUAUCUUGGUCAAGGAUUUUCCCUACUGGCGAUAAAACAAAACCGAAUGAGAAAGCUGUCGCUUACUAUCGAGAAUAUUUAAGAGCGACUCGAGACAAUGGGAUGGAGCCUUUCGUCACGAUGUUUCACUUUGAUCAUCCAUAUUCCCUUGAGGUAGAAACUGGGGGCUGGAAAAAUAGAACAAUGGUUACAAAGUUCGUCGAGUACGCCGAAUUCCUAUUCGAGUCAUUCGGCGAUGCCGUAAAAUACUGGAGCCCUAUUAACGAAGGCAAUAUGUACUGCGGUUAUGUACCACCAGCAUUAGGCUACGCUGGUAUGGAAUCUUACGAUCCGCACACGUUCUACGAAUGCUUACACAAUACAAUUCUAGCUCACACUUUAGCAUAUCGCCUUUACAAGGAAAAAUUCUACGCACAGCAGAAAGGAAAAGUUGGCAUAUCUGUUUUGAUGUGGCCAGCAACUCCGAACACUCAGGAUUUCAAAGACAGUAUUGCUGCAGACAUUUUUAACAACCUAAUGGCUGGGACCGCUGUUGAUCCAGUUGUGCACGGUGACUACCCUCCCCUUAGCCGGUACUUAAUUGACAAACGGUCAACCGAGCUUGGUCCUCUGGGAUCAAGGCUUCCGCAUUUCACUGAAGAAGAGAAAACAGCGUUGGUGGGCGGUGGCCCAGCGUCAGAUUUCGUUGCCCUCAACCUGUAUAGUGGUUUUAAAGUGGAGUACGCCAAAAAUGCGUCUGAUCAUGGAAAUUUGCCCGUCGCGGCAGUGCUUCAGCCCGUUCUUGACGACAUGGAACAUGUGAGAUUAAUAUCGGGAGGAACCUUCGAUGUGAAAGAUGACCAACCGAUGCGAAAUGCGUUGCUGUGGACCUGGAACAGAUAUCACCUGCCCAUCAUCAUCACCGAAAACGGCUACGGAGAUGUUGAAGGUCGUGGUAUUCACGACUAUGAUACUAGAGCUGAAUACUUCAGGACCAAUAUAGGUGGACUUGUUCGAACUGCAAACGAGUUUAACAUUCCAAUUAUUUCGUACCACGCAUGGUCUCUGCUAGACGUAUUCGAGUUUGCGUCUGGAUAUGAAAGGCGCCCAUUUGGACUGAUUCACGUGGACUACAAACAUAAAACUCUGAAACGUACUCUAAAGGACUCCUCGACGUUCUUUAUUGAGAUGGCUAAAGUGGGCCGAGUUCCUACUUCAUCGUCGGUAUCAACUUUGUCACCACCAUUGUCAACUCGAACACCGUCUGCAGCCACAUCAGUUACGUCUCUAUCAAUUCUGCUGACAGUUAACACCUUAUUAAUUUUGGCGCUUUAACUGAUAACAAAUAAAAAUAUCACAGCUAUCGACAAUUAUUAACCUUCCCCCACUCUUUUAGAGAAGCCUUACCCUGACAGGGACUGGCCACGGACAAUCUAUAGUCUUUAACAGUAACUGUCAGCAUUGUCCCUGUCCAGAAACCAGGGCUAGAAACGUAAUGCGAUUAAAUUUUAACUAGGUAAGAUGUA